AUGGCGGCGUUCUCCUGGUGCGCGCGCCCGGCGCCGCUGCUGCUCCUCUUCCUUGCCACGCUGGCGGCGGUGUCGCCCGGCGCCCAGUCCGGCCCGCGCGGCGGCCAGAACAGCGUGCUCCUCCGUCCCGCCUCCUCGGACGUGGCCAACGCCCUGCAGGGGGCGGAGCCCUGGCCGCCGCGCGGCCAGCAUCACCGGCGGCACGGCGGCGGGCGGCGGGAGAAGGGCGUCGGCGUCGGGGCGCUCCCCCGAAGGCCCCUGCAGCCCGUGGGGCACGCCGAGGAUGAUGGGAUAGGCCUGGAGGGCCUGAGCCCGGUGAGGCUGGAGAUGGGGCCGACGGAGAGGAGGGGAGGAGGAGGGGGAGGGGGGGCGGGGGCCGCGGUCGGGAGGAACGGGGGGUUCCUGGGGUUCGGAGUGCCGUUCCACGAGCAGGACAACCGUGCCCCCGGGAGCGACGUCUCGCCCAAGGGCCGCCGGCACGGCCACCAAUCGGAGCACAGGAAACAUAGCGGCCGCAGGGACAAGGCGCGGCACGCUAAAGGGCGUCUCCUGGAGCCCGAGCUGGGCUCCUUCCUUAAGGAGGCGGAGUUAAAUGAGGACCCGCCCUCCACCAAACCCCCUUUAGAGGGAUCAGCCCUGGCUGUUUCCACGGCUACAGCCACGCCCACAGCCACAGCCAUGCCCACGGACACACCCACCACGCCCACACCCACCGAUGCCAUCGUCAGCACCAGUAUAUCCACAGAAACCGUGGUGACAAGCAAGGAUCCUCCAGCGCUGCCCUCUGCCUCCACCAAACCCCAGCGGCCGCAUCACGGGCGGGGGAAGGCCCAGGGAGAGGUGAUGCCCACUCUGGACAUGGCGCUCUUCGACUGGACCGACUACGAGGACAUGAAGCCGGCCGACACCUGGCCCUCAUCCCGGAAGAAAGACAAGCGGCGCAGUAAGAACAUGAGUAGCGGGAACAUGACGGUGGAGGCAGAGAUGUUAGAGCCAUGUGACCAUCACCUGGACUGCCUCCCUGGCUCCUGCUGUGACCUGAGGCAGCACGAGUGCAAGCCACACAAUCGAGGACUGAACAACAAGUGCUACGACGACUGCAUGUGUGAAGAAGGGUUCCGCUGCUACGCCAAAUUUCACCGGAACCGGAGGGUGACCAGGCGGAAGGGCCGCUGUGUGGAGCCUGAGUCCGCCAACAGUGAGCAGGGGGCGUUCAUCACCAUCUGAGGGGCGUACGGGGUACCCCCCACCAUACCCAAACCCCCCCACCCCCCCGGACUACUGUCUGUAUCCCCUGAACCUCCCUUUCGUGUUUGGGGGAAUAACGUCACGUCAAGGCAAACGCCAUUGGAUAUCUGUAUGGAUUUAGUUUUUUUUGUAACCUGGCAACAAACCCUGACGUGUGUACAUAAAUACGUUAACAAGGAUCUGUUUCAUAUUUGCUUUGUCUUUGUUAGUUUCUUUUUUUUUUUUCUUUUUUUUUUUACAUGUUUCAAUAAUGUGUUGAUAUUUAAAAUACCAGUGCUGCAUACAGGUUUUCAUAAUUUUAACAAAAAAAUAAUGUUGCUUUGUUGUGUAUGUUUUAUUCGUGCAAUGCAAAAGCUGGACUUUGAAGGCCUAACGGGAGUGAAAGGGGGAAAAAGGAAAUGUAAAAAUGUGUCAUGUGAUCGUGGGGGUCCAGUCCUUAUCGGUGACCCCUCGUCUGUGCAUCUGAGAGCUGUUCUGUUUGAGAUGACAUCAUCGUCCCUGUGGUCAUUCUGUCACCGGCAGGGUCUGUCACAAAGCACGCUUACUCAGCUGGCUAACCGAGUAAGUACCCGGAAACCCUUGCAAAACUGGAACACGGGCUGAUGCAGAAACUUACCCAGCUAGCUCAGUUAUCCUGCUUUGUGAUACUCACCCCUGGGCUCCUGUGGAUUAAGUCAAGAGUUCUCACCGCAAAAACAUUUCAUCUCCCAGAAAAAAAAAUAAAAAAAAAGAGUGAUGCUUCGUUUUCAGCUUUGGUUUCAUCAUUAAACCCGGCUCAACACUU